AAUUGUCUAUAGUUGAAGGGGUCUAAGUUAUUAUACAGUUGUACGUAACUGCACAACCGCGCCGGAGACGCGGGAGUGCUCGUCGAGGUGAUUGGGGUGGCAAUGGGCAACGCUCAGUCGCCUUCUACCGACCCGCGUUUCCUCACCGCCACCAAGGCUUUCUCGCAACAAGAGCUCGAGGAUCUGAGAUCGCUCUUCGUCUCCCUCGCGGCGCAGUCGCAGAGCAACGGCAAGUUCGUCUCCCAAUCCGUGUUUCAGGCGUAUUUCGGGGUUCGCGGAGCGCUGGGCGAGAGGUUGUUUCAAUUGGUCGCGCAGAAGCGGAACGAUGAGAAGCUCACGUACGAGGAUCUCAUCAUCUCCAAAGGUACAUAUGAGAAGGGGUCGCGAAAUGAUAUUGAGGAGUUUAUCUACCAGUUGUGUGAUGUGGGAGGGGAUGGCGAUGUUGGAAGGUCCGAUCUAGAGGCUGUUCUAAAAUCCAUCUAUGAAACAAUAUUUUCUCCCGAAAAUGAUGAAACUGGCGCACACUCUCAACAGGAAACUUUGGAAGUAUUUCUCAAUGCGGCAACAUUUUCAAAGCAAAUUGAAGGAAGAACUGAAAAGUUUAUGUCUCUAGCCGAUUUUAGAAAUUGGUGCAAUCUUGUGCCAUCUGUGAGGAAGUUCCUAGGAAGUUUGCUGAUGCCGCCUGAUUCAGGCAGGCCAAGCUUUCAAGUUCCACAGCUUGAGCAUCCUGAGAAUUUCUCUUCGGAGCAGCUAAUUUUGAGAAAAGAAUAUGCUUGGCAUAUUGGGGGAGCUCUUUCUCAGAAUGAAGCUGAAGAGUGGAAGCUUUUGUACCAUAGUGCACUUAAUGGCUUAAGUUUCAACACCUUCUUGGGCAACAUAGCGAGAGGAGAUGGACCAACUGUGUUGAUUAUCAAAGAUACAGAAGGUUUCAUAUACGGAGGGUAUGCAUCUCAGCAGUGGGAAAGACACAGCGAUUUUUAUGGUGAUAUGAAGUCUUUUCUCUUCCAGCUAUAUCCUCAAGCAUCCAUCUUUCGUCCUACAGGAGCAAACAAUAACUUACAAUGGUGUGCUGUAAAUUUUAGCUCAGAUAGCAUUCCCAAUGGAAUCGGCUUUGGAGGGCAGCCAAAUCAUUUUGGUCUCUUCAUCUCCGGGAAUUUUGACCAGGGCCACACCUUUUCAUGCACUACAUUCAACAGUCCGUGCCUCUCCAAGACAAGCAACAUAAGACCAGAAGUAAUUGAAUGUUGGGGUGUUCAGACAAGGGGCCCACAGAGCGAAAAGCUGGAUGCUGUUAAGGGGACAGUCCUCGAGAGGUUUAAGGAGGACCGCAACAUGCUGAAGCUGGUUGGCCUUGCAAGUUCCAGUGACUGAAGCUGCUUUAAAGAUUUUACCAGAUUGCACUCUUGCUUGAACUAGUGGGGUGUUGAGUUGGACACUGGCUUCUAUUAUGCAGCCACAGGGACCUUUUUGUGCUUGUGAAUUAUUAAUGUUGAAGAAGAGCCCGCCGACGGUGAGCUGUUUAAUUCUGCAGAAAAUAGUUCCCAAUUCUUGGAUGGAGAUUGUAGAGACAUAACAGAGAUACCAACAGCGGUAUUAUAUAUUCUUUUGGAAUGGUGGAUAUUUUUUAUACGCGGAUUUAUCUGUUUCUUUUUUCAUUGUAUUAUGUGUUGCUAUUAUGUUCUUUAGCUACCUCCGUUAAGUAUUAUACGAGGAUCUGGUUCUAUGGCAAACAUAGUUCUUAAUUUGCA